AUGCUCAUGCUCAUGCUCGUGGCAUACCGCUAUAUUCCCUACUCGAAUGCGACGAUUAUCCCACUAACGCCGAUUGACCAGACCACUUGCACUCCGUCCCUCGCGACGGCACAAGAAGUGAUCUCGAAAUCGAGAAACUCCGAGUUCCCUCCUAACCUCCUCCCUGUCACCGCCUCAAUCUCUGGCGACCUGUUGACCCCGACUCUUGCCUACUUGAAGAUUGCCGAGAAUUCGCGGCUCUCAUUCUUGUAUGAGAGUGCUGCUACUACGGAAACUAUUGGGCGGUACAGCUUUGUUGGCGCAGACCCCCGAAAGGUCAUCAAAACUGGCGAAGGCCAUGGCCCAGCAGCGGACCCCCUCCCAUACCUCGAGGAAGAGCUCUCUCAAUUCCGUGUCGCAACAGUUCCCGGACUGGUCCUACCACCACUGACUGCUGGAGCGAUCGGAUAUGUUGGAUAUGAUUGCGUGAGAUACUUCGAGCCCAAGACGGCACGGCCGAUGAAGGAUGUUCUCGGAGUACCUGAGUCGUUCUUCAUGCUUUUCGAUACCAUCGUUGCGUUUGAUCACUUCUUCCAGGUCGUGAAGGUUAUCACCUACGUACCUAUCCCCUCGGCAGACGCCGACAUCGAGGCCUCAUACCUUAAGGGCCAAGAAAUUAUUCAAAAGACAAUUGAGACUCUACUGCAGGACCGCACACCCCUGCCUCCCCAAGGUCCCAUUGUCCCCGACCAGGAAUACACAUCUAACAUCGGACGGGAUGGUUACGAAGGCCAUGUCAACAAAUUGAAACAGCACAUCGCCAAGGGCGAUAUCUUCCAAACCGUGCCAUCACAGCGACUAUCACGACCCACCUCUCUCCACCCGUAUAACCUCUUCCGCCACCUUCGUACCGUCAAUCCUUCCCCUUAUCUCUUCUAUAUCGAUUGCCAGGACUUCCAGCUGGUUGGGGCUAGUCCCGAGCUUCUCGUGAAGGAAGAGAACGGCCGCAUUAUCAGUCACCCCAUCGCAGGCACAGUAAAGCGCGGCAAAACCGCAGAGGAAGACGAUGCUCUGUCCGCCGAACUCCGCAGCAGUCUCAAAGACCGCGCAGAGCACGUCAUGCUGGUCGAUCUCGCCCGCAACGACGUUAACCGUGUUUGCGACCCCACGACCACACAAGUUGACCGACUCAUGGUCGUGGAGAAGUUCUCCCACGUCCAGCACCUGGUUUCUCAGGUGUCAGGUGUUCUGCGCCCAGGUAUGACGAGAUUUGAUGCAUUCCGGUCUAUCUUCCCUGCGGGUACAGUUUCCGGCGCACCCAAGGUGCGCGCCAUGUCGCUCAUUGCUGAGCUGGAGGGCGAGAAGCGCGGCGUCUACGCUGGUGCCGUUGGAUACUUUGGUUACAACAGCGCCAAUGCGGACGGCUCCGCUGAGUUGCCUGGUGCCAUGGAUACCUGUAUUGCCCUGCGAACUAUGAUGGUCAAGGACGGAGUUGCUUACCUCCAGGCUGGUGGUGGUAUCGUCUUUGACUCUGAUCCCUAUGAUGAAUAUAUGGAGACGAUCAACAAGCUUGGCGCGAACAUUGCUUGCAUCAAGGGGGCCGAGGCGAAGUAUCUCAGCAUGGAAAAGCAAUAG